UCCCGAAGUUUCAGGUAUUCGGGGGCGUCCUCAAGGGUAGGUUCGACCUCUGCCAUAGAGUCGUCGUUGUACUCAACGGAAUUGUGGUGCCAAGAGAAUGGCGCUCCAGGCUGAGCUGAGCUGCGAAAGCGGUUGGAGAAAGAGGACUGGCCUCGAGUGGUGCCACUUGACUGGGAGGUGGUGGCGGGUCGCGAAAAGGACGGGGCAUCGGAGAAGCGACUCUGCAUGGGGCUUCGUGAGGAGGAACGACGCCCUGCGGGAGGUUAGGGGAUGGGGCUUCGUGAGGAGGAACGACACCUUGCGGGAGGUCUAUCUGAGGAACAGUGAACGUGCGGGCGCCAGCCUAUGCAAGCCGAUUGCAAGCACAACCCAUGGCGGACAUCGCCAUGUGCAAGGGGUUGGCCAUCGGGAUAGUCUCGUCAUCCAAGUGGUAUUGGAUGCCAUCCCGAAGUUUCAGGCUGCGAGACAGCAGGCUGCCCGGUUACGGCAACCUGCAACGGAGACGUAUCCAUCUCUUGGAGGGUGUUUCCGCCAGUUUGAUUCUCCAACCCACCGCAGAUCAUGUGUUGGUUGUGGGGCUGCUGCAGCACCUGGGCUACUUGCUGAGCACCUUGUUGCUGCCAGAACAUAUGCAGAUGUUCUUGUUUUUGUUGCAGCACUUGUUGCUGUUGGCAGCAGAGCUGCUGUUGCCAUUGCACGUGCAUUUGUUGGAAAAGCUGUUGUUGGUGUAUCAGCCUCUGUUGGUGUUGCUGUUGGUAGUACUGUGCCAUUUGGGCUUGCAAAAGAAUGUGAAGCUGCUGUUCACAUUCUUGGCGUUGCAUGGCUUGUUGCUGUUGCUGAUGGUGGAGUUCCUGGACCUGCAACUGCGCUUGGCACAACAGCUGUGUUUGGGCUUGGUGUUGAAAGCAUAGCUGUUGGUGUUGGUGUUGGUGUUGUCGCUGAUGCUGUUGUUCUUGCGCGUGCAGUUGUUGUUGUUUUUGGAGGUCAAGGCAGUGUUGGUGCUGCUGUUGCUCCCUUGGCAUGUCGUGGCUUUGUUGGUGGACGUUACCGGCAAUCAUGUGUUGUGGUUGGUCUGCAGAGGACUGUUGGUAUUCUGGUUCCAUUCCGCAGCCCUGUUGCUCAUCCUGGUUGUGUCGGGGUGGGUGUUGUCCCUCUUGUGAUGGCAGGGGCUGGUGGUAUUGCAAUUCCUCCUCAAGGCAGCGGUAUUGGCCUCAGUGCUGCUGGGCUUGUUGCUGGUCCUUCAGGCCCACGUGGUCCAGGUGGUGAUCUUGGUAGGGCAGAUAACCACAAGGGUCUGCACGAGGAUGCUACACGGGCACUUAAUUCCCGUGUACAGGUAUUGGAGCAAUCUGCACCAAGACCAGACGUUGGCGAGUCCAGCAGCACACAUUCUACCCGCCAAUUGGAGGAACGAGUUGACCACGUAGUCGCAAUGCUCGGCGACAUUAGUACCUUCGCUGCACCAGCCACCAUCAGCAAGCAGCUGGACACCUUGAAGACGGAGGUUCAGCAACUGCACCAGCUGCCUAACAAGGAUGGCAACACCACGCAGCACUACAAGAUGCCGACAUUCCAAAUCAAGAAGUUCGAUGAUUACACGCAUCAAGACCCGGUCCUCUGGUGGGAGGGCUUUACGAUGCAACUUCGGAUUCUGUUCGUCCCCCCGCACUCGUACAUUGGCGCGCUUUUCCUCAACUCAAAGGGCGGAUGCCAGAUCUGGCUGAGCCACCUGGCAACCGUCCACGGCGUCGACGUCGCAAAUCUGGAAGAUAAGAUCUCUUGGGAAGAGUUAACACGGCUAUGGAAGAAGCGGUUCAUCGUGGACGACGCGCCAACACUCGCCAUCAACCGCCUCUUUGCUAUGAGGCAAGGCAACACGUCAACACGCGACUGGCUCACGGAAUGGCAAAGAUCGCGGCGACGCCCGAUCUCGAAUUGCCAUUUUCGCAUCUGCGUCGCGAGUUCUACAACCGGUCAUGUGCCGCCUUGAGCCUUGCACUUGGUGAUCGCGACCAAUACGCAACCUUCGUUGACAUCAUCGACAAGGCAAGAGAGAUCAUCAAGACCAAUAGGGCAGCUGCACACGA